GUGUCAUGCAGCUUCAAAUUACUAUUUAUAAAUCGCUUUGUUAAUUUUUCCGCCAUUCGCGACUACCAUGUGGGUGAAGUCGGUACUCGUUUCGUGCUUGAUCUGUUUGUUCAUCAGGAACGCGGACAAUGCUGCCAUGCAAGCCAUUUCCGUGCGCAACGCGCUCUACGAAGUUCCAGGACUGGGAAAUCGGCCUCUAAUCAUCAAAAUGUACCCAGCGGUGGAGAACUUCCAGAGCGAUCUCUAUGAAGUUUAUGCUGAACCCUACAAUUACGAUUUAAGGGCCGCCAGUGCGGUGGCUGUGAUCCAAGGGGAGGGCGAAGGGGCAGCAAAGGGCGAGAUUGUGUUCUACCAGAGGCACCCACCGACCGGGCCCAUUCUGGUCAAAGGGAACUUGACCGACUUACCUCCAGGGAAGCACGGGUUGCAUGUUCACCAGUCCGGCGACUUGAGGCAAGGGUGUGACAAGCUAGGGUCCCAUUUUAACCCAUAUUUGCUGCAGCAUGGAGGUCCCAGUGACCCGUUGCGUCACGUGGGGGAUUUAGGGAAUAUCGAGGUGGGGGAGGAUGGGUCAGUGGAGUUCGAUAUUGUCGACGCGUUGUUGUCUUUGUCCGGGGGACCCAGGAGCAUCGUGGGUCGGGCUAUUGUGAUUUCCACAAAUCCCGAUGACCUCGGAAGGGGGGGGACUGCCGAAAGUUUGGUUAAUGGUGAUUCGGGCAAACCCCUGGGAUGUGGGGUUAUAGCAUACAUUAAGUAAAAGUACAACUUAUUCUAUAAAUAUGUAUAGGGUUUUUAUUUUAGAAAAAAGACAAUGCGCAGAGUGGCUAUAAUGUGAUCACUCUAUCUAUAAUUUGUUAUAUUUUAUAUACUAUUUUUUGUUACUGUAAAUAAAAGUGUUACAGAUUUUUGCC